CAAUUACGCAAUAUGUUUACAAAAUCUUUUAAUUAUAUUUGAAUAAAGGGUGAUGUCGAUUCUCAAAAAUUUUCAUUUAACUCAUUUAAUGAACUUAAAAUUUUAAGGCAACCAGUUACCUUACUUUUUAAAUAUGUUUUUACAGUCUGGCAAUAGAUGGGACCAAGCCCAAAUAUGUGUGAAAUCAUUUCACAUUUCACUGAAGUGUUUAAAAUCAAUUUCACCCUCCUCCAAAUAUCAGCCUUUUUGAAUUUUUUUUUUUUUUUUUUUUUUUUUUUGUGGAAAAGGCGGUUGGGUACUCUUUCCGGUUACAGCAAGUUGAUUGUGAUAUCCCUCCCCUGUGAAAAACAGUUCUACCUUAAUGGUGAUAAUAAAAAAUCGGGACUGUGUCAAGUAGACAUUGUUUUGAAUAAAUUUUAAAACUUUUAUAACAUGGUACUGAGGGUUUUUUUUUUUAUUGAUCAAACAUGCUCGGAAUACAAGUUUCUCCAGUUCUGUGGCGGACGGAUAUGUGACUGCAGUCCGCAGCAAGCUCCGCUGUCCGCACCUGGAACUUAGGCUGUUUCGCACUUUCCUGUGUUGCACUUGCCGUCCCCAUCAAGGAGUUUAAUCCCUCAUUCAUCAGAGCAGCUACCAAGAGAAAUGGCUUAUUUAAGAAUGUGGAGAAAACGUAAAGCAGAUAUCAAUGAACUUCUCCAGUCUGAAAACGACAAUGCGGUGACAAUCAACAACGCAGUGACGACAAAUGACAGAGAGGAAACAACCAAUGAUGAUGGUGGAAGCAAUACUGAUGACCACAGCACCAUUGUGACCACUGAUGGUUCAGACUUUGACACCGACAUCGGAAUGUGUGACUCAGAUGUGGAGAUUUUGAAUCCCGAACCAGAGGCCCAAGUUAGAAACCUAGGCAAUGACUUGCGAGAGUGGAGUACAAGACACCAAAUUACUAAUAGGUCCCUAAAUGAAUUAUUGCAAAUGCUAAGGGAUCAUGGACAUGUACUCCCCAAAGAUUCACGCACAUUACUAGCCACUCCUCGAGUCAUUGACAGCCAUUCAAAAUGCAAUGGACAGUAUGUAUACAAUGGCUUGGAGGGGGUCAUUUCCCGUAUACUGUGUCAAAAUGAUGCUUUCAGUACGGUCAGUUUGGAUGUCAACAUUGAUGGACUACCAAUCUUUAAAAGUAGCAAAAUCCAGUUCUGGCCAAUACUGGUGAAAUUUAACAAUUUCAAUCCAUUUAUUGUGGCAUUAUACUGUGGGGAAAGCAAGCCUGAGCCCCUUGAUGAGUAUCUCCAUGACUUUUUGGAGGAGUUCAAUAAUCUCCAACAGAAUGGCCUGGUGAUUCGUGACAAAAUUUCUUCUUUACACGGGACCCAUAGUACUCAAAAAUACUGUCUCCUCACAGCUGUAUGCUCAUUUUGUGACAUUGACCGUGGCAGUAUCCAUCAUGCUGGACUCAGAUGACGGGACAAGAGCUGCCUAUUUGGAUUUUUCUUCUGAACUGAUGAGGCACUUUGUGUCUAGCUGCCCUGCACUCUAUGGAAAAACAUUUGCUGUGUACAAUGUGCAUGCCCUGUUACACAUCCAUGAAGAUGUCUCUCGUUUCAGAUGCUCUUUAAAUGACAUAUGUUGCUUUCCAUAUGAGAAUUAUUUGCAGCAGAUCAAAAGAUUGGUCAGGACUGGCCAAAAUCCAUUAGCGCAGGUGUCCAAACGACUGGUCGAAAUCGAACAUGCCCAGGGGAAUUCCAGUGCACAGUGUAAGGCGAAGCCCAAAAUGUACAUUUCAACAUAAAGGAGAGACGGCUGCUUCCUUUUGAAAGAUGAGAGGUUUGCUUUUGUUCAAGAGAGGAGGGGAGAUGUUACGGUUGUUUGCGAUGUGAUAAAACAGAGACACACUGUCGACCUGUUUGACAAACCAUGUCUGUCAAAGCUCUUGAACAUUGCUUACACAGGGAAUAGCCGUAGAUUCAAAAGAAAAGAACUCAAGGAAGAAGACCACAGUCGAAAAGUAGCCUGUCUACCUUACAACAAUGGCUCUGUCAUGAUUCCUCUGCGGCAUGGCAUUGAACAUUCAUGUUGAAGAUUGGCAAGUCAAAAAGUUAUGCUUUUUGUCAGAGCCGUUUGGAAUGAAAAUGGGAAGGAAAUGGAGGGGACCAUCCCUGAUGCCUGAGUUAAAGUAGCUGAGAAAACCCUUCGGUGGCCAAAGACAAGGGCAAAAUAUUGUUUUGAAAACCAUGUGGCCCCUAAGGACGACUGGGAUACGUUCCCAUUGUUGAAAGUGAAAUUUACCGCAGAAAGUCUCCAUGAGUGUGAGGAAUAUGAUCAAACCAGCCAUGCUGAACAAAGAUGAAGACGAAGAGGUUAUAGUGCGAAAGAGGAUGAAAAAAACUAAAACUUCUGAAGAUUAUGUUGAAGGAUCUGACCUGUCUGAGGCGACUGCUGAGGGGGAGGAUAAAGAAGAGAGGAAAGGAGAUGCCAGUCCCGAAAUUCCAGUCUUUCCCACCCCACCAAUCAAAAUGUCAAAGAAUGUUUGUUUAGGUUCACCCAGGUCUGUGGGCCAGGAAAAGUUAACUAGUCGUACACCCAAGUCUGUGGGUCGCAACAGGUCAAGUAGUGGUACAUCCAGGACUGUGGGCCGCGCCAGUUCAACUAGUGGUUCGUCAAGGUCCAGGUCCAGGUCCGUGGACCGGGACAGUUCAAGUAGUUGUUCCUCCAGGUCUGUGAGCCGGGACAGUUCAAGUAGUCGUGUACCCAGGUCUCAGGCUGUGGAGAGCAGGUCCAUAGAUGGUCUUUCACAUGCAAGGUCCAUUUCCAAUAGGGAUGUGCCAACCACAUUCCCGCUGUCAGAAGCAAAGUUCCAGAAAAUCGUACUUACAAAGCUGGUGACUCUCACUGAUGAAGUCAGAAAACUGCAGAGGAGCGGACCUCAAUCUGGAAUUGAAAUAAAGAAGAUGGACACCUUGGAAGAGUUCCAGAGGGCGGAGGCUUCUCUUCUGAAACCACACAAAUUUGAAACCUUGGUUUGUCAGCUGGCAAGAGUGGGGGGGAGAGAUGUUAAGGACUGUACGCACAAAGUGAUGGACAGGCUCUUCACCAAUCAACUAAUGACCCGAUUCAACAUGAAGGGGAAGAGCAAAAAAGACAAAAUACGAUUUGAAGACGAGACAUUGUUUUCAGCAAUAAAAGCUGCUGUCAUGAAAUGGGACGCCGCUGCAACAGAGACCCAAAUAAAGUCUGCUGCAGCCGAUCACCUGAAACAUGCCCCUGGGAGACUCGGGGGUGGUGGCUAUUAAUCUUGACUUUAGGAGCCACAUUUUGUUAAUUGUUAUGUUAUACUGUUUUAACAACAUUUUAUAGAUUCUUUAACUGUGUUAAUUUAUAAUUUACUGUUCUGGCUUUUAAGAUUUAUUGUGUUAUUGUGUUAAUUUAUAAUUUACUGUUCUGGCUGUGAAGUUUUGGUCCAGCAGAACAAAAUGGUAAUAAAAAUGUAGUUUGAGAAUUUUAAUAGUUGAUUUCUUGGAGUGGUCAGUUUACAGAAAAAUGGUGAGCAGUUUAUUGCCAUUAUAUUGAUAAGAUAUAAAAAUGCAGUAUAUACAGUACACAGUUAUUCAAUUAAAUAUUCAAUAUUA